GACACAACUAGAGCUUCAACCACGUUUCGCUGGAUCGACGUAGUCACACCUCCCUCCUCAUCAGCAACUGUCAACACAACAGGGUCGCUUUUCUCUAUCUCCUCAUCGUUGUCCUCUCUGCCGGCCCUCUCGUCGUCUCCAACCUCUCCAGCAUCCUCUUCUCUGUCCCAACAACGCCUCGGUUAUAUCUCCCUUUUCCACGAUACCGCCGACUCAUUGGCUUCUGGGCCUGGCACCUCUCCUCCGCUUGCCGCUUCACUUCAAGCUCUGCGACAUUUAACUCGAGCCCGGCGUCAUCCUGGAUCACUCCUCAACAGUUCGCGCGGCUCAACUGAGCGAACGAAUGCAGCCAGCACCGAGGAUGGAAAGCAGACGAAAGUACGAGCUCUCCGCCGAUUGGUCGGCAGAAGCCUACGAGACUCGGACUCUGAAACGAUGAGCCAAUCUCUUGACGGCGACAACUUCCUCCAUUCUACCCGUCAAAAUUACACUGCCAAACCGCCCAGCCUCGAGGUCAGACACAGGCCGGCAGCUUUGACGACCUCGAGAUUCGCCGUCCAGCAUACGUUGGUCUCACGCGACAAACACCGACGCCGGACACGCUCACAUCUCGUGACCGGCAACAAUGGCGGUACCAACAGCCAUAGCGACCGUCGCCUACUCUGGUCUCUGACCGGCGAUGCCAGAGACGUCUCAAGCUCCGGGCGCUUGACUCGCAGCGAGGGAGGUGGUAGGGGUGUUGUCGUGAGUCGGUUGCAGUUGGAGCAAGUGAAUGAUGCCGACGCCGGAAUCUACGUUUGCGCUUUGCUUGGAGGCCCCAAAGGCAGGCCUAUUGGACAUCGUCUCUUCCGUCUGGGCGUACAGUCGGGACCAGUGACAGGCGGUCUGGCGACUUUGGCUCCAAACGGUGGACUUCCGUCGGAGGCAGAAAAAGUGGGCGAAAGUGACCAAAUUGAGGAUGAUAAUGCGCCGACAAGGCCUUCCAUAGGCCGACAGGCUCACUUCAUGAGAUCACAAAAAAGGCCAACUGAGACGAAUUCCGUCACCGUAGAUGAGGCAUUUGGGCUACAGAUGAGUUCUGGCUUGCCGACCGUGGCGUGGUCCACGGAGACCGGACUUGCGGACGGAAAAUUCAUUGAAGGUGAGAAUGAUAUCGCUGGCCUCCCUGACAGCCUGUGUAGAAGUCCGUGA